AUGUCUUCGUCCCAGGGUCAGCAGCAGCAGUCUUCCGGUGGCAGCAGACCUACUGGCGCAACAGGAGGUGGCUACUACAGACACCCUUGCAGAAACUGGCAGCAGGAGGGCCACCCCAAGGACUACAACUUUAUCGAUCAGAAUGACCAGCUUUGCGCUCAUUGCUUGUGCGCACCCCGCAGCCGUUGA